CACUCUUUCAAACCAAACUCUAUUCCUCCGCGUUUCUUUCUCCCUUCCCCCGAGAGUCCACUUCUCUUCCACAUCUUCAAACAUGGCUUCCGAAUUGAUCUUCCGGGGCCACGAAUCCCAGCUCACCCCCGACGCCUACUCCCCCAAGCCCACCAAGCCCUGGCUCUCCGUCGCUCGUCCCCUCCGCUACAUCCUCCGCGAGCAACGCCUCAUCUUCACCCUCGUCGGCAUUAUCAUCGCCACCCUCUUCUUCUCCCUCCUCCCCUCCCGCCCCUCCCCCGCCGCCUCCCACCUCUACCCCACCACCACCCACCUGUCCUCCUUCUCCUCCCCCCGCCGCGACUUUUUCGCCGAUAAAUUCGUGAGCUCCGGCGGGAAGAUCCCGCUGGGGCUCAAGACCAAGGGGCGGAGGAUUGUGGUCACCGGCGGCGCCGGGUUCGUCGGGAGCCAUCUGGUGGACAGGCUGAUGGCGAGGGGGGAUAGUGUGAUUGUGGUGGAUAAUUUUUUCACUGGGCGCAAGGAGAAUGUGAUGCAUCAUUUUGGGAACCCUAGGUUUGAGAUGAUCCGACACGACGUCGUUGAGCCCUUGUUGCUUGAAGUCGAUCAGAUCUAUCAUCUCGCUUGCCCUGCUUCUCCUGUUCAUUACAAAUUUAACCCCGUCAAGACUAUCAUAUCCUUUUUUUACCUUACAUCUACAAAUGUGGUGGGGACCUUGAAUAUGCUUGGACUCGCCAAGAGAAUCGGUGCGCGCUUCUUGCUAACGAGCACCAGCGAAGUGUACGGUGAUCCUCUGCAACACCCACAAGUCGAGACUUACUGGGGCAAUGUCAAUCCCAUUGGUGUGCGAAGUUGUUAUGAUGAGGGUAAAAGGACAGCUGAGACGUUGACAAUGGAUUACCAUAGAGGUGCUGAAGUUGAGGUGAGAAUAGCCAGGAUAUUUAACACUUAUGGCCCUAGAAUGUGUAUCGAUGAUGGUCGCGUGGUCAGCAAUUUUGUUGCACAGGCGUUGAGGAAGGAGCCAUUGACAGUUUAUGGCGAUGGAAAGCAAACAAGAAGUUUCCAAUAUGUUUCUGAUUUGGUGGAGGGUCUGAUGCGUCUAAUGGAAGGAGAACAUGUCGGACCUUUCAAUCUUGGAAAUCCCGGAGAAUUCACCAUGCUUGAACUUGCUCAGGUGGUCCAGGAAACAAUAGACCCAAAUGCAAAGAUCGAAUUCAAGCCAAACACAGAGGACGACCCUCACAAGAGGAAGCCCGAUAUCACAAAGGCAAAAGAUCUUCUUGGUUGGGAGCCCAAGGUAGCUCUUCGCAAGGGUCUGCCUCUGAUGGUAUCUGACUUCAGGCAACGUAUCUUCGGUGAUCAAAAAGAAGAUGGUGCCACAACAGCCUAAACACGGAACAUAUAUACCUUUAUACCGCAAGGGAGGCCAAAAUUGUUCGAUAGAACUAUCUUUUCCUUCCUACCCCCUACCUGGUACAGCAGCAGCCAGCCAGCCAGCCAGCAGAGUCAUGAGCCUAUAUUAUUUUCUUGUUUACUCUACGUAGUGAUAGUUUUGGGUCUUCAGAUAUAUCAAUCUUUAUAAUGGUUGAAGACUUCUGUACUAUAAUAUAAGCCGUGUAUCGCAGAAUAUCUAUCUUGUAGACUUUAAUACCAGCUUUCUGCACCCUUUAUAUUUUA